UCCCAACAACCUCCGAGGAAUCUCUGCCUCUGCCUGCAAUUUCUUGCUGAUCCAACGGCAAAGUCAAAGAACCACACUGCUCAUAACCAGUCUUAUAAAGCUCAUAAAAACGGGAUCAAGAAACCCAAAAAGCAGCGGCACACGUCCACUAAAGGGAUGGAUCCUAACUUUUUGAGGAACCAGAGGUACGCGAGGAAGCAUAACAAGAAAAUGGUGAAUCUUCAACCGAAGAGUAGAUAUUGAACUCAUCUUGGCUGUUUCUAGUAAUUUUUUUCAUAAUGCUAUAUUUUUCCUUUUGUUUUCACUCACAAGACAGCAACAUUCGUUUGGUUUUAGUCUGAUUUUAUAUCUCAAGAAUUAGAAAGAUGAUUUUUUGGACGUGUAGAACUAAUUGUCUGGUUAUUAUGAAAAUAGAAACUAUUUUUGGAGGUUUAAAUGCAUGAAUGUGGCUUGCACUC